ACAAAAUCCAGAAACUACCUUUGAAGUGUAUGCAGAAGUAACCUAUUCAGGAAUCGGUUGCAUUGGGAAAGAUCCUGAGGUGCGGAGGCAAUUCCCAGAGGGCUACAGUGACCAGGAAGUUCUACAGACUUUGACCAAGUUUUGUUUCCCCUUCUGUGUGGACAGCCAUGCAGUUAACCAAGUUGGGCAGAACUUUACAUUUGUGCUUACAGACAUUGACAGCAAACAGAGGUUUGGAUUCUGUCGCUUAUCUUCUGGGGCCAAGAGCUGCUUCUGUAUCUUAAGUUACCUCCCGUGGUUUGAAGUCUUUUAUAAGCUGCUCAAUAUCUUGGCAGAUUAUUCAGCAAAAGGACAGGAUAGUCAAAGGAGUGAGCUCCUAGAAACAUUUCAUAAACUAACCAUCCCUGAGCCAGGAACCUCUGUUCAUCUUGGAGUGCAUUCGUACUUUACUGUGCCUGACAUCAGAGAGCUUCCUAGUAUACCUGAAAACAGGAAUCUGACAGAGUAUUUUGUAGCAGUUGAUGUCAACAACAUGCUGCAUCUUUACGCCAGUAUGCUGUAUGAACGCCGCAUCCUCAUUUGUUGUAGUAAGCUGAGCACUUUAACUGCCUGCAUUCAUGGGUCUGCAGCUAUGCUCUACCCGAUGUUCUGGCAGCAUGUUUACAUUCCUGUUCUGCCCCCACAUCUAUUGGACUACUGUUGUGCCCCAAUGCCCUACCUCAUUGGAAUACAUUUAAGUUUGAUGGAGAAAGUAAGAAGCAUGGCCCUGGAAGAUGUAGUGAUUCUUAAUGUAGACACCAACACACUGGAAACCCCUUUUGACGACCUUCAGAGCCUUCCUAAUGAUGUGGUUUCUGCACUGAAGAACAGACUGAAGAAAGUCUCUACAACCACUGGAGACGGUGUUGCAAGAGCGUUUCUAAAAGCACAAGCAUCUUUCUUUGGGAGCUACAGAAAUGCCUUGAAAAUUGAACCUGUAGUAAAAGAUUUAGAUAAAGAAAACUUGCAAGUGUUUUAUGUGCUGAACAUGUCAGAGUCCAACGAGCUGCAUUCGGUUUCACGUUUUGCCAGAGACAUCCUGUGGGGCCCAGAAUGUGUCACAGAGCAGACAUUAAAUUCACAUGAACGUAAGCGCAGCAAGAGCUCUGACUCUGGAAGCUUUUACUCUAAACAUUCGUUUGGUUAUCCGUGCUGCGGUGUGCCUGUACCUCCUGGAGACACUGGUGUUGACCGCUGCGCGCUCCUGGCCCGCGAGUCCGCCGGUGGCUGCAGGGGACGCAGCCUGCCUGUUCCCACGUGCAUCCAGCGCCAGCGCUCAAAAAAAAAGGACAGUAGCAGGUUGCCAGUACAGGGCCUGUUCUGCCUGAUCAACUCAAAAAUUCGUGUUGAGGGUGAACCCAUCACUUUUUGUGAAGAAACAUUUGUGUCCCAUCGUUCUGCUGUCAUGAGGCAGUUUCUUCAGAAUGCCAUCCAGCUCCAGCUCUUUAAGCAGUUCAUUGAUGGCCGCCUCGAUCUUCUUAACUCUGGUGAGGGCUUCAGCGAUGUUUUUGAAGAAGAGAUAAAUAUGGGAGAAUAUGCAGGUAGUGACAAAUUGUACCACCAGUGGCUCUCCACAGUAAGGAAAGGAAGUGGAGCCAUUUUAAAUACAGUAAAGACCAAGGCUAACCCUGCCAUGAAGACUGUCUAUAAGUUUGCAAAAGAUCAUGCAAAAAUGGGAAUAAAAGAAGUGAAAAACCGCUUGAAGCAAAAGGACAUUGCUGAGAACGGGUGCUCUGCAGCACCAGAGGAGUCUCUGCCAAGGACAGCACCUUCUCCUUUGGUGGAGAAGAAGGACCCCAAGUUACGAGAAGACAGGAGGCCAAUCACAGUUCAUUUUGGUCAGCAGCAAAGACUUCGUCCGCCUCGGCCACCGCCUCCAAAGAUACAGCGUUCUUCUAGGCCCGUUCGCCCGCCAAGACCUCAUGUUGUUAAGAGACCCAAGAGCAAUAUUGCUGUGGAAGGACGAAGGACUUCAGUUUCUAGUCCAGAACAGCCUCAGCCAUACCGGGCCCUGAAAGAGUCUGAUAGUGCUGAUGGGGAGGAGGCAGUCAGUCCUGAAAAAUCAAGAGAACCUUUGCCUCCAAGCCCUCUGCUCUCGAGCAAGGCCGCAGAAGUCAACCUCCUUGAAGACAUUUUCCCGAACUUAGAAGUAGAAACACAGCCUCAGCCCCUCAGCCAAGCUAAGAGCCUAGAAGACCUGCGGACUCCCAAGGAGGAGGGAGAUCAGCGAUGCACAUUUGAGUACCAGAGAAUGGAUCUUGGUGUGCCUGAGAGGAGCAGGAUUGUGCCAACCAUGAAGCUGUCUCACCCUUACAACAAGCUGUGGAGUAUGGGUCACGAUGAUAUGGCUAUUCCUACCAAGUAUUCCCAGAGCUCACCGGAAAGGCCCUUGACUGCACUUGGUACCAUGCCGCCAAUCGCACGGAGACCCCGGAGCAGAGACAGCAUUCUGGCUCCUGCAGAAAAGGAUGAACCAAAGCCUGCCCUUCAAGGGAACAUCACCAUUCCCAGGCCACAGGGAAGAAAGACUCCUGAACUGGGGAUAGUGCCACCACCGCCAGCACCCAGGGCUUCCAAGCAUCAGACUCCAGCUGGGCCAGCAGAAAUGCUCACCCCCCAUGCUACAGGACGUAGCCAUUUGGUUUCAGAUCUGAUCCCAGAGCCCUUUGGAGUUGGUAGCGUGUCCUUAGACCCUGAAAUCCAGCAGUCUGUAAAUUUUUCCUCUCAUCCAUCUCAGCUUUUGCCCAGUGCUACCAGCACCGCUGAGAUGCUCCAGCCUGUCAAAGUGAAGACGGAUCACGCAGGUAAUGAAAGCGACUACCUUCUUAAUCUCCUGGAUCCGCUAAAAACAGCCAGCUGGCAAAGCAGUGGCCCACAGCAAGGUCCCCGCAGCCUGCAAAGCUCAGCCACUCCACCUUCUGCAGCUGGCUUUGUCUCGGUGGCAAGUGACUUUGCGCCUCCUCCAGCUGCUCCAUUUGUCCAGCCACUUGGUUAUCCUGCCCCAGCAGCCCCCUCUUUUUUACAGCCGUCUCCUAAUCCGUUUACGCAGACAGUGCCAGGAGCCCUUUCAGUGUCUCUAGUUAGACCCCCGCGGGGCUCUUUCACCCCCUCUUUAGGUCAUGCUUACAGCUCUAGCUUCAUAACACCUAAUUCUAGCUUCUACCCACCACAAAGACCUCAACCUCACAUUUCAACACUAUCCAUGCCAAACUUGUUUAGCCAGGCCCCGGCUGUGCCACCAGCUAGCUCCUUACUGCUGCAGAGCCCCAGCCCUUCUCCAGGCAGCUCUCUGCAGCCAGCGUGUUUAAGCGGUCCUUCCAAAACCAGAACAUUACAGCUGGGCCAGGCCAGCUCAAAGGUAGAUCCCAAACAAGCACUAGCUCUCCUGUCUAAUGAACCCCCUUUGAUCCCUUCCAGGCCAGCUAAGGGCUUAGAGUCAGUGUUACUAUCCUCAAAAUCUGAGGAGACAAAAGAUCCAUUUGAAGAUUUGCUAAAAAAGACAAAGCAAGAUGUGUCACCCACACCAGGUAAGGUAGAACAGCUCAGAAAGCGAUGGGAAACCUUUGAGUAA